AUGGAAAAGCGAUGGGGGAAGUUGGCACCAGUCGACUCGACCCGACUCAACUUUGUCCAGCAGUGGAACGAUGAUGCGGGGCCUGCGGUGGAUGCAGAGCCCGGGCCGUCGGGUCUGUACACGGCCAAGUAUGUGUUGGAGGGUGCGCCCGGUGUGAGUGUGGACGUGCUCGACGCGUCACCGCUCCCGUUUGGCCUCGUCCGCAACGGAGUGGCACCAGACCAUCCCGAGGUCAAGCUGGUGACGACCACCUUUGACGCCAUGGCCGACCGGUUCUCCGACCGGUUCCGGUUUAUGGGGAAUGUGGGUGUGGGCAAGUCCGGCCUGGGCGAGGCUGAUGGCGUGCCGCAGCCGCGGGUAGCGCUGGGCGAUCUGCGCGAGGCGUACGAUGCCGUCGUCCUGGCCUACGGCGCCGAGGCCGAGAAGAGCUUGGACGGCGUGGACGGCGCGGAUCUGGAGGGUAUUGUGCCUGCGCGGGCGUUUGUCGAGUGGUACAACGGAGCGCUGGGCGCGGCCGACAUGGAGGGCCUGGUGCGGGCGCGGGUGGCCAACGUAGACGACGCCAGCGUGGCGGUGAUCGGACACGGCAACGUGGCGCUGGACGUGGCGCGAAUGCUGGUAUCGCCGCCCGAGGCACUAAGGGCAACCGACAUGCCACGGUCGGUCGGCGAUGUGCUGGCGGCGGCGUAUCAGAGCCUCGGCAAGGUGACCGCGAUAGGGCGACGCGGGCCGCAGCACGCGGCAUGCACCACCAAGGAGCUCCGGGAGAUGACUAAGUUGUCGGGACUGAGCGUCCAUGCACGCGGUGUAGCGCACGCCGACGAGUGGUCACCCAAGCACGUGAGCGUGGCCAAGGCGCUGGCCGGCGAUCGGGUGCGAACGCGGGUGUUCAAGCUCCUGGCCUCCGCCUUUGAGCACGGGCACGGGUCCGGGCUGAACGAACCUGUGGCAGCGGCGAGCGCCAAGGCGUUCACCAUGGCGUUCUACACCCAGCCUAUUGGGUUUGUGGCCGAUGAGACCGGGAGCGGCGUCGCCGGCGUCAAGGUCCAGCUCAUGGAACGUGAUCCGAACGAUCCGAACGCGUCGCGGGCGGUGGCCGGGGCAAGCGCGGUCAUUCCCGCGUCGCUCGUCGUUACUUCGAUUGGGUAUCGGUCGGUCCCGCUUCCGGGCGCGCCGUUUGACGAAGUCCGCGGCGUCGUGCCAAAUGUCGCCGGGCGAGUUGUCGGUGAGGACAGCCUCUACGCCGCUGGAUGGGUCAAGCGCGGGCCGCGCGGCGUCAUUGUCGCCACGCUCAACGACGCGGUCGAGACUGCCGACGCAGUCGUGAGCGAUCUCGCAGCCAAGGAGGCGGGGGUAGCACGACCGGCCCCGGACCUUGCUGCGCUCGCCGGUCUCGAUCCUGCUCUUGUCGACGAAUGGGUCACGACGUACGCUGACUGGAAGGCGCUCGAUGCGAUGGAGAUUGCUGCCGGCAGUGCGAGCGGGCAGAGCCGAGCCAAGCUCACCACCCGGGCCGAUGUCUUUGCUGCGCUGGCGAGCAUCCGCAGUGGCGGGCAGGCAUAA